GAGAGAGAGAGAGAGAGAGAGAGAGAUGAUUCAGACAAAUCCAGUCAUAUUGGGUAAUGCAGGCGAAUCCGUGUUUUUGGUGCCAUGGCAACAGGAGUCUGAGAUUCAACACUCAUUCCUGUGGGACCCCACCCCCAUUCAGGACUGCAGAGACUCUAGCUUAUGUGUAUCUAUAUACAUACACACAAAACUCAACAUACCUAAACUAUUCAUGUGUGAUUUUGGGUUUUUCUGUUUAUUUUGUACAUUCAAGCAUUUUAUUGUCAGAGCAUAUUUCUCAAACACAUUUUCUUUUAAAUGUAUGUGCAAAGCCAUAACUAUAAUGACGUCCAUAAACUCUUAGUGUUAUGAGAUGGUAGGUUUUAAAUGGCUCUGUGGGCUUGUCAAUGUUUGUAAAAGUUGGCAUGCAGCGACAUCGUUCGGUCCAUCAGUGGAAUUGCAUCACGAAUACAAUACAAAAAUAGCGCAUAUAAAAAAGUCUUGACCAUAGAACAAUGGCUGAAUGUAAACAAUAACUAGGUUUAUUUGCAAAUAAUGUUAUUAGCGUAUAUUCAAAUAUACAAACAGGUAUUUAAAGUAAGCUAGUAUGCCACGUAAUAUAUUGUUUAAAAAUUCACAGUAUUGAGAAAUCUGGUUUUAUUUGCCCUGUAAAUGACAUAUUAUAGUUUGACAUGUGUCCCUAAUUAUUAAACAUUUGUUAAAUAAUCACGAGCCGAACAAAUGCGUCCGAUUUGCAAAUGAGAAUUUCAUUUUUGCAUGGCAAAAUGCGAAUCCGCAAUUUAACAGCUGACCGUAUUUUUGACAACAACGCGAUAAAUGACAUUUGUGUGACCAGCAGGACGUGCAAAAAAAUAAAAACAUUACAGCACGGUGCACGUCACUAAAGGGGGCAACACAUAGCCUGCAGCCAAGUGGACAGCAAUGGCACUGAUAAGACCAAACGCGAAACGCAUCGCAUUUGCGGAAGUGAGCGCGCGGGUGGGGCCUCGGUGUGUGCCGUAGAGACGGUAAUGUGACUACAGACGCCUAUAGGAUACCGUGAAAUGAAGCGUUAUGUAUGACCCUACAAAGACCCGUUGAUUUUUUUUAGGGCCGGACAUUAAAUGGCGCCGAUAUUUGGAAAUAACAGGGGUCACCGUGCGCAAUGUUGAAGGAGCGGCUGAAAUAAGAGUUUACAUUUUCUAAUUGUCUAGCUGUGAGUGGGCUAACUAACACCAAGAGGAUUAAACCCCGUUACCAUCACACAACCGAUAUCUCAUGACUGGAGCAAUGUGAAACGCCGAUAUCGCUCAUUCCUUCAGUCUAUUGAGGAGGAAUAAUAAUGAACGACGCGCAAGAUAUGUCUCCCGAUUUUGUCUUGAUGCGCCUGGUCUCCGCGGCCGAGGAUGACCGCUUGGAUGAGGAGAAUGGGAAUCUGUCGUCGGGCAGCGCACUGACAGUGCAGGAGGUCUUGGCUCAUGGGGGUAUUAAGGGUAACUUUGAAUGCACGCCGAGUCAAAUGGCCCGACACGGACAUAUGAACAAAGCUCCGCAAGCCAGCGGACCGGAGGCACCUGACACUGGAGUGAUGGCGACCAGACCUGCGCUGUCUGUACCGCCUCCGCCGCUUCAUUCAGCCGAGGCCCACGGGUACGAUCUCACACACAGAGGGGGAAUGGGGCCUCAGCUGCUGGUCUUCAGAAACAUAUCGAGAGACUCUGAAGGGUUUUCUGAAAAUAAUUCAGACGAUCAGCGCGCCGUCAGGGCUUUUGAGGACCUCGCAUCCGAAUCUAGCGGCAGCAUCAAUAACAACAUGCUUGGCGCCGUGGACGCGCAGCAUCCUUCAGCGUGGACCCUGCAUCCACAGCUCAAAGCUACAAACACGGAGGGAGCCGAGCUGUGUCACCGGCAUCGUUUGAUAACGGACAAAAAUGACUGGCCGCCGGUGGUGGAUAAAAGCAACCCCGUGUCGAUGACAGAGCCUGGCUGGAGCUGCACAGCGGCGCAGCGACAGCUCCAGCUUCCCGACGGUCCUGUAUUAGAGCUGGCGAGGAAAUUCGGAGAGCUGGGGGUCACUCCAGUAACCGAAUUUUUGCUCAAAGACGGUGAGCUCCCGCACUGUUCGUGUCAAAGCGUCCUCGGUUCGGCAGUAGCUGGAAUAAGGCAAGGCGAGGACCCAACCGAGACCAGUGAUGCUUUGUUGGUGCUGGAGGGCCUCGGGUCAGAAGAGGUGAAAGGCCUGGGCAUCAACACCUGUCAAAAGACAGAAUCACAGAAUGUUGGGGGACAGGGUGAAGUGGUGAACGCGAUGCCGGGUGCGUUUGCGCUCAAGUGUUUCCCAGCGGUGCAGGCCAUGGGGGUAUCCGGGGGACUUUGCGCGCCCGCGUGUAGUGAAUCACGGUUAUGUUGUUUGUUGCGAGAUUCGGUAAACACCACGGCUCAGGCUAAUACCACUGACAAACGGACUCCCGAGCUCCUUUCACCACUGUCCGUUACAACCCAGGCUGAACCGAACCAGCACACUCCGUGUUCCAGCCAGGCAUCCACUCCAAAGGCCCGGCCGGACAGGAGCGCGUCCCGUGCGCAUCUCUCCUGUGCGGUGGGCGGUGGGGAGAAGACGCUAAAGGUACCAGGGAAAUCCAGGAAGGGGUCACUUAAAAUCCGCCUGAGUAAACUUUUCAGAACUAAAAGUUGCAGUGGCUCUAACAAUAUUUUGGACAAGAGACCUUCGGUUACGUUCUCCAUAUCCUCAGCAGGCAGUUUAGUUGACAUGUCAGGUGCAAGCGGUACUGAACAAGACGCAGGGAGCCAACCUCGACUCACAAGGGCACAAAGUGCUUUUUCUGCAGCCUCUUUUACUCCUCUAUUUACAGGAGAGACUGUGUCUUUGGUUGAUGUGGACAUCUCACAGCGAGGGAGAAACUCUCCUCAUCCUCCCACUCCUCCACCUCCUCCUCGACGGAGCCUCAGUCUGCUAGACGACAUAGGUGGGCCGCAACCCGGGCCUUUCCUAGUGAGCGUAAUGGGGGCAUCCCUGCAGUCUCUCCCUCUGCCUCUUCCUCCUCCUCCCCCUCUCCACACUACCAUCCAGCAUAGUCUCAGCCUCAAUGAUGCUUUCUUCCGGGCACUUCCUCAUUCGGCCCCAUCACCAAUGGAGACACCCGCCCCUGCCAGAGUGGCCCCACCAUCGAUUAUGUGUCCGCUGAGAGGGGCCGAUUCCAGUAGCUUCACUGCCAGCCUGAGAGAGCUGGAGCGGUGUGGCUGGUAUUGGGGGCCAAUGAACUGGGAGGAUGCUGAAAUGAAGCUGAGAGGAAAGCCAGAUGGCUCAUUUUUGGUGAGGGACAGUUCGGACCCACGGUACAUCCUCAGCCUCAGCUUUCGCUCGCAGGGAGUCACGCACCACACACGUAUGGAGCACUAUAGAGGAACCUUCAGUUUAUGGUGCCACCCUAAAUUCGAGGACCGCUGCCAUUCUGUGGUCGAAUUUAUCGAGCGAGCCAUCAUGCACUCUAAAAAUGGGAAAUUCCUCUACUUCUUGCGUUCACGUGUACCUGGACUGCCUCCAACCCCUGUGCAGCUGCUCUAUCCAGUCUCACGCUUCAGCAAUGUGAAAUCACUCCAGCAUUUGUGCCGUUUCUGCAUCCGACAACUCGUCCGCAUAGACCACAUUCAGGAGUUGCCCCUUCCCAAACCGCUCAUUGUCUACCUGAGGAAGUUUUAUUACUAUGACCCAGAAGAAGAGAUGUACCUGUCAAUCAAAGGCAUGCGCCAGGCAGCAGGUGUGGAACAGGAAGCCGAAUCUGAAACAUAGCCAGAUCGGUGCCGGUUUUCACUGAUUUCUGUGUGGAUAAUAGAUGGAACAGCGCAUGGACACUUCCUGGUGCACAGCUCUGCUCCAACUCCCUGCCAGUCUUCCAGCAGCAGCCAAUCAACAUCAGCGGACUGGCCCCUCCUCUUUGACCGAACAUGGACAGAGGGAGUUCAGAGGAGUGCUGGAAUACUGUCUAUGUUGAGCAGACAAAUAAAUCCAGAGACUGAAAUGAUAGACAAAAGACUUGAAAACACUGGACAGCAUACAGUGGACUUAAAAAAUAAGUUAAACAAAAAUCGAUCAUGGACAUUUGAUUUGGGGUACUAGAAAAAGCCUUCAUCUGUGAGUUAUAUUACACUGGAGUUUUUAAAAUGGCCGGUUUGUGAAUCCGUCUCUGUUUUGUUAAUUUUUUUUCUUUUCCCAUCAGGCUCUUGUCGCUGGGUGGAGUGUGUGACCCCUUUAUUUGCCCUUUCUGUAAAUCCUUCAGUCUGAUCUGGCCACAUGAACUGUAUUUUGAGUAAAAGACAAAGUAAACAUGAAAAUAAGUGGUGGUAUA